GAAGAAACAGUUUUAGCAGUCAAGUUUUCACAUUGAGGAGUCAGUCUUCUGUGACUGACUGCCUCUGCCAGUCACUACCAAACAAAUCAUCAAAUAAUUCUUUCUCAAAAAGUGCCCUACAACUACAAGCCUGUGCCCUCCAUUCCCGCCUAAAAAAAGAAGGGUUACAAAGGCAAACUAAGUUACAAAGUAGAACCUUGAAUCCUGGUUAGAAAGCAAAAAACAUGGGUUCAAAAUGUCAAAGCUUCUAUCUUUUACUUUAUCAAUGAAAUAUACAUCAUUUUCAGUUAUAAAAAGAAGGGUUUUUUUCUCCCUUGUUUAGUGUUUAUUGUUUCCAUUAGAAAGAAGAAAAAAACAACUUUUUGUUUCAAAUGGGUGUUCUACAAUCUAUAUUUCUCUACCUGGUUUUACUACAAGCAUGCAUCAAGGUUUCUUCUUACAGAGAUGAAGAGUGGAAGUCUGCAACUGCAACAUACAUCCAAGAUAAAGAUGGGUCUCUCAUUACAGAAGGAGCUUGUGGUUAUGGAGACAUUCACAAGGUUGAUUAUGGGAAAUAUAGUACUGGGUUAAGCACAAUUUUGUUCAACAAAGGGAGUACUUGUGGUGCCUGUUAUGAGAUUAGAUGUGUUGAUCACAUUUUAUGGUGCUUGAUUGGAAGUCCUUCUGUCGUUGUUACUGUUACAGAUUUCUGUGCUCCAAACUAUGGACUUUCAUCUGAUUAUGGUGGAUGGUGCAACUUUCCAAGUGAGCAUUUUGAGAUGUCAGAAGCUGCAUUCGCUGAAAUUGCCAAGAGAAAAUCUGAUAUAGUUCCAAUUCAAUAUAGGAGGGUUAAAUGCAAAAGAACUGGUGGCUUGAAAUUCACAAUGAGUGGAAGUUAUAAUUUUUAUCAAGUUCUUAUUACCAAUGUAGGGUUGGAUGGUGAAGUGGUUGCUGUGAAAGUGAAGGGAACAAAAACUGGCUGGAUACCAAUGGCAAGGAAUUGGGGACAAAACUGGCAUUGCAAUGUGAACCUUCAAAAACAACCUUUAUCCUUUGAGGUUACCAUCACAAGUGGAAAAACAAUCACAUCUUACAAUGUAGCUCCUGCAAAUUGGCAAUUUGGACAAACAUUUGAAGGAAAACAAUUCUAGGAUGAAAGGAUUCAGAAUUUUGAUGGUAAGCGAUAAGUUUUAGUGACUCGAAUUUUGAACUUCUAACUGUGAUUUUGGACCCUUCAUAGCACUUUUAUUUUGACAUGUUCAAUUUUAAUGCUGUAAUGAUGUUUUAGAUUGCCUGAGCUUACAAAGCCAGCAGAUAAACUUAAUUUUAUCUAAAUUCUGAACUCUAGUUGAAUAAUGCCUCCUAAUUUCCUUUGA